UAGACCACAUCACUAACCCUACUGAAUAUUUUUCACUUUCCGGUCUACAAUGAGCACAGUAGGACAGGUUAUCAAAUGCAAAGCAGCAGUUGCUUGGGGUCCCAAAGAAGAUCUUAAAAUAGAAACCAUUGAAGUAGAUCCACCAAAGGCUCACGAAGUAAGAUUAAGAGUUAUAUAUACUGCCGUCUGCCACACAGAUGCUUACACUCUCAGCGGACAAGAUCCAGAAGGCCUUUUCCCAGUCGUAUUGGGACAUGAAGGAUCUGGAAUCGUUGAGAGUGUAGGGGAAGGUGUAACUAAUGUAAAACCAGGUGACCAUGUAAUUCCUUUGUAUGUACCUCAAUGUGGAGAAUGUAAAUUCUGCAAAACACCAAAGACAAACUUGUGUCAGAAGAUCCGUAUAACUCAAGGACAGGGUAAAAUGCCUGAUGGCACCUCUAGGUUCAGAUGUAAUGGAAAAGAACUGUAUCAUUUUAUGGGUUGUUCAACAUUUAGUGAAUAUACUGUUGUAGCUGACAUUUCUGUAACAAAGGCAAGUACCUACCUGCUGAGUUUUAGUAUAAAUUCCAAUGCACCUUUGGACAAAGUCUGUCUUUUGGGCUGUGGAGUCCCCACAGGCUAUGGUGCUGCCCUCAACACUGCCAAAGUAGAGAAAGGAAGUACUUGUGCAGUUUGGGGCCUCGCAAAAAAUUUUGGAUUCACUGAAUUUGUCAACCCCAAGGAUUAUGAAAAACCCAUUACGGAAGUACUAGUAGAACUGACAGAUGGAGGUCUUGACUACACCUUUGAAUGUGUAGGUAAUGUCCACACCAUGAGAGCUGCUUUAGAAUCCUGCCACAAAGGUUGGGGUGUUUCCACUAUUGUUGGAGUUGCUGGUGCAGGACAAGAAAUCAGCACAAGACCUUUUCAAUUGGUUACUGGACGUGUCUGGAAAGGAACAGCUUUUGGGGGAUGGAAGAGCCGUGAUAGUGUACCAAAGCUUGUAGAGGAGUAUUUGAAUAAAAAACUCAAGUUAGAUGAGUUUGUUUCACAUUCCUUGAAAUUUGAAGAAAUCAAUGAAGCUUUUCACCUCAUGCACAAAGGUUUAAGCAUUCGCACUGUUCUGGCUCUCACACCAAACAGCAACCUUUAAAAUGUUGAAUAAAAGGUAUCUAUUUUUGUACCAGUGGUAUUAAUGAAAUAAAAUGUGUUUAAUUUUAACAA